UAGUCGCCAACAGCAUGAUGAGAACUAUAUCGAUUUGUGUUCUUAUCGCCUUCAGUGGGGCCAUCAUGGCAGAAGGAAAACCUGUUCUUAUUAAGGUUUUUGGUCCCAGCGGUGGCUACUCCAGUGGCAGUUACCAGAAUGCAGUGGGAGCAUCGCCUGACACCACCCAGCUCAUCUCCAGCCUUAUAUCUUCAAAAAUUCAACUGUUGAACAGCGUGCUACAGGCCAAAUCUCCUUCCGGGAGCUUCCGUAUUGGUUUUAAUAAGUCUGUAAAGUUUUUCGGCCCCACAAGCGCCACUAGCACCACCGAACAGCCCGUGCCACACCAUACCACCGAGGUAAACACAGACUUUGUUCCGGAUGAAUCUAGUAGGACUACUCAACUUUUUUACUCGACAACAACAGAAGGUUUUGUCGAAACGCCGAUCCCCACUAUACAUCCCGAGCUACCAGCCAGUACCACUGCAGGGAUCACAAUAGGGACCACCACUUCGGUAACACAUCCACCCAUCUCGACGACAGCAACUUCUGGAUACUCCUAUCGCACUCCCACUACCCAUCCAUUAGUUCAGUGAAAACCGACUUAUUGCCAACUCAAAUA